UAUCUCCCUGGGGGACUUCCCUCCUGGAUGGUGUUGAGUGUGUUGAGUCGGGCCUCUUAUCUUGGAGGGAUUGUCCCAACAUCUUCUCGCAUUUGGUGGUCUUAGGUCUUCUAUCGCGAUGUCGCCGCUACCCGAGGAGUUCGACAUCAUUGUGUGUGGCGGUGGGAGCUGCGGAUGUGUGGUGGCAGGGAGGCUGGCCAACCUGGACCACAACCUCAAGGUCCUGCUCAUUGAGGCCGGCGAGAACAACCUCAACAACCCGUGGGUGUUCCGCCCCGGUAUCUACCCGCGGAACAUGAAGUUGGACUCCAAGACGGCAACCUUCUAUGAGUCUCGCCCGUCGAAGUGGCUGAGCGGCCGGGCGGCUGUUGUGCCUGCCGCCCACAUCCUUGGUGGCGGAUCCUCCAUCAACUUCAUGAUGUACACGCGCGCCUCGGCGUCUGACUAUGACGACUUCCAGGCCAAGGGGUGGACGACUGAGGAGCUGCUGCCGCUCAUGAAGAAGCACGAGACGUACCAGCGUGCCUCGCACAACCGGGACACGCAUGGGUACGAGGGGCCGAUCAAGGUUUCCUUCGGCAACUACACAUACCCGAUCAAGGACGACUUCCUGCGGGCCGCCGAGUCCCAGGGCAUCCCAGUAGUUGACGAUCUCCAAGAUCUAAAAACCGGCCAUGGCGCCGAACACUGGCUCAAAUGGAUCAACCGCGAUACCGGGCGCCGCAGCGAUAGCGCACAUGCCUACAUCCAUGCCACGCGCGCUGUCCACUCCAACUUGUACCUUGCCUGCAACACCAAAGUGGACAAGGUGAUCAUCGAGAACGGCCGAGCGGUUGCCGUGCAGACUGUCCCGACGAAGCCAAUGGGUGAUAAUGCAGGAACUCGCAUCUUCCGUGCUCGCAAGCAGAUCGUCGUGUCCGGGGGGACUCUGUCGUCUCCCUUGAUUCUGCAGCGAUCUGGUAUCGGCGACCCCGACAAGCUGCGCCGUUGCGGAGUCAAGUCCAUCGUUGACCUCCCCGGCGUCGGGCUCAACUUUCAGGACCACUACCUGACCUUCUCCGUCUAUCGGGCCAAGCCGGGGACCGAGACGUUCGAUGACUUUGCCCGCGGCGACCCCGAGGUGCAGAAGCGCGUCUUCGAAGAGUGGAACAUCAAGGGCACCGGCCCGCUCGCCACCAACGGCAUCGAAGCCGGCGUCAAGAUCCGCCCUACCGAGAAGGAACUUCGCGAAUUCGAGUCCUGGCCAACGCCUCACUUCACGAAGGGCUGGGAAUCCUACUUCAAGAACAAGCCGGACAAGCCGGUGAUGCACUACUCGGUCAUCAGCGGCUGGUUUGGCGACCACAUGCUGAUGCCCCCCGGAAACUUCUUCACCAUGUUCCACUUCCUCGAAUACCCCUUCUCGCGCGGCUGGACGCACAUCCGGUCGGCGGACCCGUACGCGGCGCCCGACUUCGACGCCGGCUUCAUGAACGACGAGCGCGACAUGGUGCCCAUGGUGUGGGGGUACAUCAAGUCGCGCGAGACGGCGCGCCGCAUGGACGCCUACGCGGGCGAGGUGCAGGCCAUGCACCCCUUCUUCGACUACGACUCGGAGGCGCGCGCCUACGACCUCAGCCUCGAGGACACCAACCGCUACGCGGCUCCGGGCAACAUCACCGCGGGCAUCCAGCACGGCAGCUGGAGCGUGCCCGUCCCGGAACCGGACGAGAAGCUGCCCGGCGCGCACGUCGUCAGCAGCAACCGCAAGGCCCGGCGAAAGGAGCUCAAGUAUUCCAAGAAGGAUAUCGAGGCUAUCGAGGAGUGGGUCAAGCGCCAUGUCGAGACGACCUGGCACUGUCUUGGCACAUGCUCCAUGGCCCCGAGAGAGGGCAACAGCAUCGUCAAGCACGGCGUCGUCGACGAGCGCCUGAACGUGCAUGGCGUGCAGGGCCUGAAGGUGGCCGACCUGAGCAUCUGCCCGGAUAAUGUGGGCUGCAACACAUACUCCACGGCGCUCCUGAUCGGCGAAAAGGCCGCUGUGCUCGUCGCCGAGGACCUCGGCUACUCGGGCGACGCGCUCGACAUGAAGGUGCCCGACUACCAUGCGCCGGGCGAGAACCGACUUGCUUCGAGGUUGUAAACCAUGGGCGAUGCAUACCCAUACUUGGAGGAACAGUUUGGAUACCUGUGAUGAGUGGACGGUAACGGUCAAAUUGAACGACGUCGGUCUUUUGCCGGGAUGGUUGGUUCAGCAUGUAACGAUCUUACUUUCUUCAUGUCUUGGGCGUUCGAGUCAUUUUGGGUGGUCUGGUUGUUGCUCUCGAAGUCGCCCGCUCUUUCUUCCUGACCAGACAGAUUGUCAUCGAACGGUUGAGGUUCCAAAUAACGGACAGAUUGUAAUCGUGUAGGUAGCGAGGCGCCUCCGAUUGAACCGGAAUUCAGACUGUCAACUUUGCUUGAGACUUUGACCUACCCAGGGUCGGGCAAUUCUCCCUUGUUGAGACUCAUUCAACAUCAUGUUGCAGCGAGUUC